AUGGAAAAAGUUGUAGGAGAAGAUAUUGAGGAGACGAAAGAGCGCGGGAGGGGAACGCAGGGACAGUGGGUUAUGAAAUCUUUUGGGUAUGAGGAGUGGGGAUGGAGAUGUUUGAGAGUGUCUACUGAUGCAGCUGAAAAAAUGGGAUUCUCUCGAAUUCCAGAUACUAAUGUGGAAGAUGUAUCGGUCGAUGGAUUAGCUAUGAUAUACAGUACAGUUACUGAAGAUAGAAAACGAAAUUCCACUUUCCAUUCUUUUCUUCCGAGAGAAAUUGCUCUUGAGCGAGAAAACCAUUUGACCAUGUACGACAAUGGAAUUCCUCGUGCGAAUAAAGUUGUCUUUGGAAGCACUGAUCCAACAUCUACGAAGACUUUCGAGGCCAAGGUAAAAAAAAAAAAAGUAAUUAUUUGCUCUGGUGCGCUAGGUUCGCCGCAAGUGUUGAUGUUGAGCGGCAUUGGUCCUCGUCAACAUCUCGAAGAACACAAUAUCAAAGUCAUCCACGACCUACCCGAGGUGGGUUCCAAUUUCGACAAAAGACUCACCAUUAUUAACCAUAACCCUCAGAACGAUCGUCCAAGUAUCCCUGUGGCAUGGGAAAUCCCAAUUUCAAAAUCCAUCUUCCAAGUCGCCGUAUCCCCCUUAAAAGCCAUUCUCGAAUUCGUCGAAUAUCUUCUCUUUGGAACCGAUGCCAGCGGACCACACAUCAAAGAUUCCUCACCCCAGAAUAUCGAAGCUAUUCCCACAGAAACAUCUCCUCUUCAUCCCUCAAAAUCCCAAAAUCUAGUCCCGGAUAUCGAAUUAGUACCACUCGCCGUAAGCGCCAUGGAAGAUAUGAAAGAACACCAAUCGACAUUUUCCAAAAUGGGAAUCUUUUGCACCCUCGCUGUAAUCUGCAAUUCCCUAUCUCGCGGCAGCGUACGACUUAGAUCCUCACCCGCGCAUGCCUUUCCCGCCGUCGAUUUCGGCAUCUUUUCCAAUCCAAGCGAUAUGAUCCUCGCCCGACGCGCCGUCCAUCUCGCCCUUGCCUUCGGCAAAACCAUGCUCUCUGCCGGAUUUCCUCUCCUCCGUCCCGUCACCUUCUCAUCCGAGUCCCAAGAUCUCGAUUACGAAAUACGUUCCACUAUUCAUCGACAUGUCGCAUGGGUUCUGAAAGCCGAUGAAAAUGCUCCUGGGGUGGUAGAUAACGAAUUGCGUGUCCAUGGGGUGAAAGGUGUGAGAAUUGCAGAUGCAAGUGUUUUCCGUAAGAUUGUGAGUCAUCAUACGAUGGCUCCUGCGGCAAUGGUUGCGACAAGAUCUGCCGGUUUCGUGGUGGAUGCGCAGAAGAAUAGUUAA